UUCCUAUGUUAGCGUUUCUUUCAGUGUCCGAAUCUCAGCGAGAGGAAGUAACGAAGCAAAGGAAGUAGGGAUUUUUGAGCAGAGAACCAAAAAUGGUGGGUACAAAUCUCAAGGCAGAAACAUUGGCUUUAAUGGAGAAGAGGACCGCCAUUGAGACCGAGAUGAACCUCAUCAUCGACCGCCUCUGUCAACCCGGCGGCCCUGGCCUUUCCGGCAAUCUAGUCGACUCGGAGGGUUUUCCUCGGUCUGAUAUUGAUAUCCCAGUUGUGCGAGCAGAAAGGUCCCGUCUUUCUGAGUUGCGAAAUGAUCACAAGGAGAUUACUGAAAAGAUAAACAAAAAUAUAGAAGUUAUGCAUUCUGCAAGGCUUGCUCCUAAAGCUUCUCCCGCCAAAGAAUCGGGUGUCAAUGAGGGGUCAGAUAAUAACACCUCGUUGAGUCCCAAUGAUGUUUCAUCAACAACCGCGAACAAUGUUCCCAUGAGCUCUUCUAAUGCUAUGGAUGUGGAUAUGACAGUUAGCAUACCCUUUGCAAUGGUUGAUGAAAUAGCUGAUGCAUCACCAGCAGCAGAAGAUGGUUUACAACUUGGAGAUCAGAUUAUGAAGUUUGGGAAUGUGGAAGCUGGUGAUAAUUUGUUGCAGCGACUUGCUUCAGAAUCUCAGAGCAAUCAGGACCGAGCAGUUCCUGUUGUCCUUAUGAGGCAUGGUGCUGUUGUCAACACAACAGUGACACCAAGAACAUGGCAAGGUCGCGGUCUACUCGGAUGCCAUUUCCGGAUAUUGUAAUGGCUUAUGCUUUUCAUUUUUAAUGACCUGGCAGAUGCAUUAUAGUUGGUUUUGUUUUUAUCAAGUUUCUAGACAACCUCAACUGCUGAUAUGGACUUUCCAGAUUCUUUCUCUUUCUUCCUUUGCAUCUAAUGUUGGUAUGUGAUAGUAUAUAACUUUUUUUGGCAAUCUUGUAAAGAUUUGCAUACCAUAACCCAAUAUUUGAUACAAUUUAUGUUUCAUGAAAUGCAAGUGAACCAUUGUGGGGUA